AUGCCCGCCCCAACGGCACUCCGGGCGUCAGAUGCUUCCACGGCCGAGACACCUUUUGCCCCUCUUACACAGGAACAAGAUGAGGAAGUCUUAAUCGACGCUCAAGAUACAACGAAUCUGAAUGAUGUUCUUCUUCCAGUGGACUCCACGGAGGAUAGCGACAUGCGUAUCGAUAUGGAAGGCCGACCAAUUUUUACACCUGCGAAAGAUACCCCAACUGCAUAUCGGGUUGAGACACGGAAAGUUCCUGUUCCGCCACACAGAAUGACUCCACUGAAAGCAAACUGGCCAAAAAUUUACCCCCCGUUGGUCGAGCAUCUUAAAUUACAGGUGCGAAUGAACAUCAAAAAUCGGGCGGUAGAGCUACGCACAUCCAAGUUCACCACAGAUACAGGGGCUCUACAGAAGGGCGAAGAUUUUGUCAAGGCUUUCACACUCGGAUUUGACAUUGAUGAUGCCAUCGCAUUACUGAGGUUGGAUGACCUCUACAUCCGCUCCUUCGAGAUUCGAGACGUCAAGGCAUCUUUGAAUGGAGAGCAUCUUAGUCGCGCAAUUGGCCGCAUUGCUGGUAAAGACGGGCGAACGAGACAUGCAAUCGAGAAUGCGAGCAGGACAAGAAUUGUUAUUGCUGAUCAGAAGAUUCACGUCUUGGGGCGUUUCCAGAACAUCAAUGCAGGCCAGGAGGCUAUCGUUAGUCUCAUUUUGGGUGCUCCUCCAGGGAAAGUUUAUGGUAAUCUGCGUAAAGUGGCAGCGCGGAUGAAGGAGCGAUUCUAA